UAUUAUUGUUUUUACUCGCAGGUAAUAUUAUCUUUGCAGCGGGGCGUGACCUACCGGGCCAGGGGCACAGGUUCUAUCAGGUUUAAUUUUUACCCCGUGGACUCUGGAUAUCCUAUUGGCACAGAAAGUUGUUCACGUGAGCUAUCUAACCUUUGAGCGGGAGGAAACACCAUGAUAUGAUUCCAGACUGUUCUAAAUGACGGUUUCCUAUUUGUUGAUUGUUGUUCAUAGUUCAGAUACGUUGCCGGCGACAACAGCUGAGAUACUGGUCCCUUGAGGCCGGCUAAAUAGGUCGCUGUGCGUACGGACACAAACAGGUUUAUAAUAAGAGCAGCGGGGCAGAAAAAGAAUCAAAUUUAAGCAUGGCGGCUGAGGUUCUGAACCUGGAGCGGCUGGUAGACUUCGUCACGCCGAUCGCCGAGUACGUAACACCGGAGCAGAACGUGCUCCAGCCGGUGUGGGACUUUGUCCGCCAGGGACCAUGGGGGGAGGACGCGCUCCGCUCCCCGCUCUUCCCGGUCGUCAUGUCCGUCGGCUUCUACUUCUCCUGCAUCCUGCCAUUCAUGGUGGUGGACCUGUGGGGUAAGGAGUGGCACUGGACCAAGAAGUACAAGAUCCAGCCUGACAAGGAGGUGACGUGGCCCAUGGUGCGUAACACCAUGGUCAUCACCUUCUGGAACCACUUCCUGUACGUGCUACCGUCCGCCGUGGGGCAGUACAUCUACACCCCGCCCACCCCGCUGCCGCCCGUCUCCCCCGGGCUCUGGGAGUUCACCUGGCACAUCGGCGCCAGCCUCAUCAUCUUCGACUUCCAGUACUUCGCCUGGCACUGGCUGCACCACAAGGUGCGCUUCCUGUACAAGCACUUCCACGCCAUCCACCACCAGUACCACUCGCCCUUCUCCUGGGUCACCCAGUACCUGCAUCCCUGGGAGCUCAUCACCGUGGGCAUCCUCACCACCAUCAACCCCUGGCUGUUCGACAGCCACUGCUUCACCAUCUGGGUCUACAUGCUCAUCAGCAUCGCCGUGUCCGUGGAGGCGCACUGCGGGUUCGUCCUCCCCUGGUCCCCGAUCCACUGGGUGCCGUUCGGGCUGUACGGGGGCGCCAUCAAACACGACCUGCACCACCAGCGGCCCUACUCCAACUUCGAGCCGUUCUUCUCCAUCUGGGACCGCCUGGUCGGCACGGAGUUCACCCUGAAGGACCGCCAGCGAGCCAUCGACCGCCGGGAGAAGAUCGCGUUCGACGGGCACGACGGGCUGGUCGGCAAGGAGAUGAAGAAGUUCAACUGAAGAUCCCACCGUACGCUUGCAAGUUGGAUAUGCUUUCUGCUUAGGUCUAGGAAAAUUAAUGUUGUGUUUCCUAUUGGUAUUACGGUCCUGAAAAAAUAGGGUAAGGAUUCGUAUAGGUAAGGAUUCAUGUUUUGUUUUGUUUUUACAUUUUUGAGAGUGAUUCAACAAAUACAGUUAAUAUAACACUGAAAUGCAGCUGUGCACUGGUAUUUGGCCUUGAACCGAAACAUUAGGUCCGGUUCGGGUCCGAUCCAGUGUACCGGUAUGCAAACAUUAUGUCAGAUCGAAAGCUUUCAUGAUAUCGAUGUCUCUCGUCAGCAGGCAACAAAAAGGCUAGGGUCUGUCAGGUAAUAUUAUAACCAGAAACACAA